AUGAAGUUCGCUUACGUCCUUUCUGCUCUGGCCGGCACUGCCGUUGCCGCCCCUCUCAACCUCCCCGUUGUGAACAAGCUCCCUGUCCUCUCCAACCUGGACGAGCUCCUCGGCAGCAAGCUGCCCAUCGUCUCCAACCUUGGUGACCUCAACAGCGUCCUCGGUGGCCUCCUCGGCAACCUCGGUGGUGACAGCAGCCUGCCCCUGGGCAACGUGCUCAGUGGUGUGACUGGCCUCCUGGGCAACCUGGGCGGCAACCUGCCCACUGGCACCUCCUCUGGCGCCGCUGCCACCCCCUCCGCCGCUGUCCCCUCUGGCACUGCCUCUCUGGGCGGCAGCUCCGGCAAGGUCCUCCAGGACCUCGCCCCCAAGCUCAACGACGUUCUGACCGUCACUGGCCCCAACGCUAAGACCCUCCUCCUCAAGCUCUCUCCUGAGGUUGCCGGUCUCGUCUCCGGCCUUGGUCUCCCCCAGCUCGGCGUUCCUCUCGGUGGUGUUGUUGCCUCUGCCUCUUCCGUCGGUGACCUCGUGACUGCUCUUGGCCCCCAGGUCGAGGGCCUCGUCACCGUUGUUGCCCAGGGUGUUGGUGCUCUUGCCAUCCAGCUCUCUCCUGAGGUUGCUGGCCUUGUCUCUGGCCUCGGCCUCCCCGGCGUCGGUACCUCCGUCGGUACCAUCCUUGCCACCGUUGGCGACAGCCUGUAA